UGGAUUUCUCAGGUAAUAAUAUUCAUCAACAGUAAAAAUAUAGAUCACCCAAGACUCGAAAUGUUCUUAGAUUAUUACACAGAGGGAACCUGAGAACACUGACAAAGUAUAGCGCAUGGAAAAAGUUUCCACCAGGAACAGCAAGAACGGAUGAAGACGAUCCUAUUUGAGAAAUAUAGAACAAGUGUCGAUAUUUAUAAUGUGAAAUUAAUAAAUGAGAUAAUUUUCAACCGGCCUGUUAAGAUCACAUCUAUCUUCAAAGACUACCUUGUCAACGAUGAAAUCGCAGAAUUCUUAAAAUAAAUUUUAUACCUUUGAAGAACUCAAGCCUAAGAUGAAGAAGUUGGUAGAGUUCUUCAUGUCCUACUUCAAAAUAUUUCCAAAUUAUGUAGUGAUUGAAUGUCUCUCCCAUUCAGAGAAAUUUGAUUUCGGACUAUUUAAAUAAUAUUGAGCGCAAGCAAAGAGUCAUCGAUGAAAAGCUAUACAUUGCUGCCCAAAACAAGGCAAAAAGAGAGAGGAAACAAGAGCGAAAGAAUAAGCUAACCACGAUUGGAGUUGACUCAUUCAUUAGAGUCGAAGAUGAUUUUGGUGAUUCAGACUUUGACUACACAAAAAUGUUCACUGAUGGAUAUUACCAAGAAAUUUCGACAUUUAAAUAAACAAUUCAAAGAGGAGAAGGUUGAUAUACAGUGGUAUCAAAGCAAGAUCAAAGAGCUCACUUCUAAUCCCCGAAAAGUGUUUGAUUACGGCUCAAAAUCCCAAAACCCUAAACCAGUUAUUCUAUCCAGAAAUAUUAUUGACUUUGUAUCAACCAGAAAGAUCAGCCCUACUGAAAAGAGUGGUAGGAAAAAUGGAUGGACAAAACUGUUCAAUUUCUUUUCAGAUGAUUCUUGAACACUUAAUUACAAGACUGAAAAGGAUAUCUCCCUUUCUAUUUCAAAUGCAUGGGAGAAAGAAGAAGUAAAAUGUAUCCCUAAUCAAAAUUUUGGCUUUGAUUCUUCAAGAUCUGCAUCAAAAAUGAAGAUAAGAGAGAACAUUAAGAAAUAUUCAAUCGAAACACUAGGGUCUAAAGACAUUAGUACUAAUCUAGCGACCACUUCUGAGAACGCCUCUGUUGAAAAGAACCGGAUUAUUCAGACAAUUUCCAAAAACCCAUCUAUUGACUAUGAAAGCUUUAAAUAGUUCCUAAAGAGCCAAAUAAGAUACCUAGAAAAAUUAGAAUACUAAAAA